ACGGUUCAAAACAAAGGAAGUGACGAGGGUUUUUUUUUUGUACGUCAACAAUUUUGUUUGAUUUUUUACUGUUUACUUGCGUUUGUUAUGCUCUCUAGUGAUCGAUAAAAGGUUAAUGCAUUGUGUGGUUUUGCGGAUCGGCCAUUUCUUAUAGAAAUGGUCGUUUAAACGGGGAAAAUUUAGCUUACUUCACUAAGAAAUAUGGUGAUAAUAAAGAGCGACUACACAAAACCCGGAAUUUCUCCGGCUAAACAGCUGGCAGAACAUGACGAUAUGUGUAUUAAUCUGACGAUCGAUGUCCAUCUCGGCUUCAUUACUCAUAAAAUGAGUGCUCGAUUUCGUCCUAUAAAAGCAAAUCAAGUGCUCAUCCGAGAAACUUUGUCAAAACUUCAAUCGAGCACAGAUAUUGAGAGGGCUUGUGGCGAAAUUAUGAAAGAGACUGGUCAAUGGAGUAAUCAUUAUUUCCUCAAUAAAUCUCGAACUCAAAUUGAUGCUUUUAAAAGCCAUUUGUCAAAAUAUCUUGGUUUGUUCAUCCCUGCAUCUGGAGUGUGUGUUGUUCCAUGUACUCGAUAUUCCACUGAAGAAAUGGGAGCGAAAGUGAUUUCUAGGCAGCAAUGGUCGAAGGGUGAUAAGAUUCCUUACUUAUGUGGUUGUAUUGCUGAGAUGACGCGUGAAGAAGAAGUGAAGUUAUUACGUCCAGGAAUUAACGACUUCAGUAUCAUGUUCUCCACAAGAAAAAAUUGUUCUCAGUUAUGGUUAGGUCCUGCUGCUUACAUCAACCAUGAUUGUAGACCUAACUGCAAGUUUGUUUCAACGGGUGUUUCCACUGCGUGAAAAGUUCUGCGUGAUAUCGAUGAAGGCGAAGAAAUUACUUGUUACUAUGGCGAUAAUUUCUUUGGUGACAGUAAUUGCAAAUGUGAAUGUGUGACGUGUGAGCGACGCGGUAAAGGAGCGUUCAGUUGUCCCGAUAACGAGUCAUCAGAAAAAAAAUACAGUUUUCGCGAUACGAGUAAACGACUGAAAAGGGAUCAUGGAAGGAUCUCAGAAUUUCUUGCCGACGGCGCCACAUGUUCAUAUGACUCGGGUGUUGAAUGCUGUGAAAAUCCUGCUGACAAGGAAGAUUUACCCAUCCUUACUACGACAAUAAACAAUAUCUCCGAAUCUGCUAAUGUCAAUGAUCAAUUAUCAUUUCACACAAAUCCGUGUUCUGAAUUACAGUUUCUUGGGGGAUUUAAGCCUAAGGCUAAACGACGGACAGUCGUCUGCGCAAAAGGCGCAACAAUGUGA